AUGGAGAGCACAGCACACAACUACAGCACCAGCAUCAUAGCCAACAACACCGGAGGCAGCAGUGUUAGUGGUGUCAGCAGCAAUAAUCGCGUUAUCUUAAAUGUCGGUGGAGUUCGUCAUGAAACGUAUAAAUCAACGCUGAAGAAGAUCCCUGCUACUCGGUUAUCACGGCUAACGGAGGCACUGGCCAAUUAUGAUCCUCUCUUAAAUGAAUACUUCUUCGACCGACACCCGGCAGUGUUCGCCCAAGUAUUAAACUACUAUCGGACGGGAAAGCUACACUAUCCAGUGGAUGUCUGCGGUCCGUUGUUCGAGGAAGAGUUGCAGUUUUGGGGAUUGGAUUCUAAUCAAGUGCGUCGCUUUUCAUUCUGA